UCCUCCUCGCUCUCUCUGUCUCUCUAUUGCUGGGCAUGGGGCUGUGAAGCCGGCUGGGCAUCAUCGCCAUGCCAGGCAAAGCCCAGCACUUCCAAGGCCCCCAGGUCAGCUGCUGCUCCAAGUACCUGCUCUUCGCCUCCAAUGUGCUUUUCUGGUUGCUGGGAGCUGCCUUCCUGGCCAUUGGUCUAUGGGCCUGGGCAGAAAAGGGUGUGCUUUCCAAUCUGUCCACCAUCACAGACCUGGGUGGCUUUGAUCCUGUCUGGCUCUUCCUUGUAGUUGGAGUGGUGAUGUUUGUGCUGGGGUUUGCUGGCUGCAUUGGGGCCCUGAGGGAGAAUACAUUCCUGCUCAAAUUUUUCUCAGUGUUCCUGGGGCUCAUCUUUUUCCUGGAGCUGACAGCAGGUGUCCUGGCCUUCAUCUUCAAGGACUGGAUCAAAGACCAGCUCAACUUCUUCAUCAACAACAAUGUCAAGGCCUACCGUGAUGACAUCGACCUCCAGAACCUCAUAGACUUUGCUCAGGAAUAUUGGUCUUGCUGUGGAGCACAUGGACCCAAUGAUUGGAAUCUCAACAUUUAUUUCAACUGCACUGACUCCAAUCCCAGCAGGGAACGCUGUGGGGUGCCCUUUUCAUGCUGUGUCAAGGAUCCUGCGGAAGAUGUUCUCAACACACAGUGUGGCUAUGACGUCCGCCUUAAACUGGAGCUGGAGCAGCAGAGCUUCAUCCAUACCAAAGGAUGUGCUGGUCAAUUUGAGAAAUGGGUCCAGGACAACCUCAUUGUAGUGUCCGGGACCUUUGUGGGUGUUGCAUUGCUCCAGAUCUUUGGCAUCUGUUUGGCCCAAAAUCUAGUGAGCGACAUUAAUGCUGUGAAAGCCAAUUGGUAACACCAGAACAGGAGUUCUGCUGUCUCCCACAGACUUACAGCAACCUCAAGGAUGGAUGCCACUAUCCCAGCCAUGACCACUAGGUGCUGCUGUGCCAUCAACCAGCUAUGUUUGUGUGCGGCCAUGCGUACAGGCAUGCAUGUUUGUAGCCAGCACGACCAGUAAUAAUGGCUGCCCUGUAUCCUUACAUAGCUUUCUCUUCCAAAUUGGGGCCCACGUGCCAUAUAAGUUGUGGGUAGCUAUGUAAAUAGUAUUUAUAUAGGGCUUCUGGAGGACUCCUUCCAUUGCACUGCAAAUAUGUGGAGCCAUAGGACUGUCACAACUGCGGGCCAGAGACAUGGGCCAAAUGACAAAAGCAACUCUGCAUCUUGGUAGGUUGCUGCAGGAGUCCCAUGUGGAUGAGGCAUGGGGCAUAUGGCUCAACAUCGGGAAGCUUCUGGAAGCUAUAAUCCUGUUUCUGCUGCCUGGAGCAGCCCCUGUACUUCCGUUGUCCCCAAGCAUUUACUUGAAUUUUCUGUGCUUUUCUCCCCAUCUGCUCAGGUCUGCUUUCUGCCAGGGGGGUUGGAUUAAGGGGGAGGAAAGGCUGGGAUCCCUUGUUCCAUGCUUAGAAAUGCAUUAUGGUACUUUAUGUGGAUUAUACUGGGAUGGUCUCUUCCUUUUGUGUGGUCAGGGGUUCAAGUCAGAAAGAUUAUGGAUGCGACAAGAUGUUACUGUACCUCAUUUUUCAUAACAACCCUCCCCGCUGUGUUAGUUCUACAGCUGUGUGCAUACAGAAUGGAGCAUAGUGUGUCCAGCAAGAACCCAACACAGUUCCCAACUCAGGCCCACGAACACAGAGACAGUAGAAAUAGGUUGAGUUACAUGAAAGAUUAAACUUGCUCUGACCAUGAAGUACUCUUUUGUAUAUUAGAGGGAAUAAUGAGCUUAAUUACAAUUUCUUUAAUUCCAAACUUAAAAAAUGAACUGUGGUGCAGUCAUUUGCUUGUGUGGCAAAUAUGCAACCCUUGUAUGUAAUGCCUUUUAUGUGUUUAUCUGAAAUAUUAACUCAUGGAGAAUAUGCUAGUCCUGUUGUCUGAGCUGAACCCAGUUUGGGCAGAGCACUCAUGCUUCACGGGUUGACAGGUGACACAGCUGAGAGGGCUUUGGCACAUAGCAAGGAAGGGCUGUGUGUUUAAAUGUAUGUCUUAGUUGAAUACUACUUUCUUGCACUCUUUCUUGGAUGGGAUUCUUCCCACAAUCCCCUUGGACUAUGCUGCUAACAGGACUGAUUGGAUCAAUUGGGAUUCUGUUGUUCCUCUAUACCCAAUA